AUGUCAAACAAUCAAAAUGAUUGGGAUGACAUAAUGGAUGUUCUUGUGGAUAAUGUGGGCUAUUUGACAGAAACAGACCGAGCGAUUCCAGAAGAUGAUGUUGUAGUGAUCACACAUUCCGCCUAUCCAACGAUUCCAAUAUUGAGAACAGAAGACUCGGAUAUGAGAUCAUGGAUGCAAAAUAAUCAAAUUCAGAUGCCAGACCAAUAUUUACAAAGUUCGGAAAAAUUGAAAAGAAACCUAUUCGAAAUGCGUCGACGAUCUCAAACUGCUUCUGAAGAGAGUCGACGUCAGUCGUCGAGGACUUCUGAAGGAAAUGAUGUUCCGUCGACUGAAUAUCACUAUAUGUAUCAAGAUAUCUCAAUCCGAAUGGGAGAGAUGUCAAUGAUGCCACCAUUUCCUGAGGAAAGUGAAGGUUCAACCAGUCCUUCUUCUACAGAAUCAGACGACAGUGGUUCUGAUUGGAACCCUGGACCAUCGUCUAUUGAUACAACAAGAAACGCCAGUGAAUCUCCACUGCUACCUGAAAUUGAUAGAGAACCCCGUCGUCUUUCGAAAACUCAGAAAGGGAAAAUGACAGAUGAAGAAUUGGAGAGAAGAAGAAAAGAAGCGAACAAGAAGAAUAGUAAGAACUAUAACAAGAAUAAGAAGUCGAAAGAAAUCAGUUUAAAUCAAGAAUACGAAGAGAAGAAAGCUUGUUUGAAGCGGAUGAAAGAUGAGGAAAAAGAAAUGAAGAAUUUGCUUCUGGAGUGUUAUACAUACACAGGAACCGUUGUUAGAGUAUCUGAGGAGGAUGGAAUCCCCACUUUGAUGGACGAAGAAACUUUUAUUAACGGAAUCAAAUCUAUCGAUUCUGAGUUUUUAAAAAGAAAGUCUCAAGAUGCAAAUUUCAGAAAACUAUCAGAGGUUUAUCAAAUGAAAAAGAAAAAGCACACAGAUGCUGAAAAUGAUAAAAAACUAAAGAGGAUGAAUACGAAUACAUACGGAUCCAGAAAAUCUCGAGCUCUCCAUAGUAUGAGAAUUGCUCAUUUUGAACUUAAACUGGCGGAACUGCAGUUUGAAAUGACCAAGUAUUCGGAUAGAACGAACCUGAUGAAGAUGGUGAAAAGACAGAUGGCGUCAAUCUUCAACUUCCGAUAUGCUGGAGCCGAGGAGUAUAUCAGCCUUCCACGGUCUCGAAAAGAACGUUUCGAUCAACUUUGCAAUAUUUUGAAGGCAGAUUCUCCAAGAACAUCACGCACGUAA